AUGUUUAGGUCAUCCUAUUGUAGUCUGGAUGGUUCUCAGAAUGUGAUCCUGCCAGGAACAUUCGGGAGAAAAGGCGUAAAGGACCAUAGAGAACUGCCCAAGAAAAUCGUAGUGAAUCUGAAACACGGGAUUCUUCAAGAUUUACUAUUUUAUAGUAAGAAACGUCUAUUCCCUUUUAAAAUGACAACGACCCUUCUCCAGAAAGAAAUGGGUUUGCCUAUCGGAAACAUUCAACAGGCGUUGCUAAUGGGAGUGCAAGCCACCGAUCCCGAUUGCGGCGUAAACGCGAUGGUCAAUUAUACCUUGGGCAGCGACGGGCUGGUGAGCGAGCAGCUCCUGGUGCGCAGCGAAACAGGCGAGAUCUGCGUCCGGUCACCGCUGGACAGGGAAGUUGCGCCUUACUUGGAGCUACCCGUCAUCGCCACCGACAGAGGUGGGUUGAGCACGAUAGCGAUCGUGCGCAUCCAGGUGACGGACGUGAACGACAACCGGCCGAUCUUCAAGCCGCGGAAGUACAACGUGACCCUGAAGAACGACAACGCGGUGCGCGGUCCGAUCCUGAAGCUGGUGGCGACCGACCUCGACGCCGGUGCCUUCGGCCAGGUCGCUUAUCGCAUCAGCAGCGGCAACGAAGCCACGGUAUUUCGCAUCGAUAGCAAUACCGGCGAGCUGCACGUGGCGAGGCCGAAUCUGCUGUCCACGUCGUUGUUGCAUCAGCUGAACGUGACGGCGACAGAUGCGGCCGGUCUGAGUAGCAUCGUCGACGCCGAGGUCAAGGUCACCGUUUCCACCGCCGGCCACAGGAUCGCCACCUGCGGGAAUCCGCGCUAUACCAUCACCGUUAAGGAGAGUAUCCCGCAGAAUACCGUCCUCGACGGCGUGAAGGAUACCGCGACGCCGUCGUCCCCCUCGACAGGCGAACGGCCGAGCAAGUUUUAUCUGACGGCAGAGGAAGCGGAUCUCUCGUUGGAUCCCACCACGGGGACGCUGAGGAUUCGACAGCCGCUCGAUCGGGAAUCACGCGACAAAUACGUUCUCAGCGUCGAGGCACGUAAUGGCGGCUUCGUUGGCUAUUGCCAGCUGGAGCUGAUCGUGGAGGACGUGAACGACAAUACCCCGGCAUUCGGCACGACCAGCGUCCGUAUCUCCGUGCCGGAGUCGCAUCCGCUCCACGUGCCCUUGUACGUGGCGCACGCCACCGACCCGGACACCACGCCAUCGACGCCGAUACGUUACGUCCUCGCUCAAAACAGCAACGAUCUCUUCGGGAUAGACGCGCGCUCCGGCGAGCUCUAUUUGGCGAGGCGAUUGGAUUACGAGACCCAGCAGAGGCACGGCCUCCUGAUAAGGGCUUUGGACGGCGCUGGGCUCUCGGCGAACCUCAGUCUGAGCGUCGAGGUGCAGGACGUGAAUGACAACCCCCCAAGGUUCGAGAGGAACGAGUAUCACGUGGAGGUUCCCGAAGGCGCCAAGCUCGAUUCCCAGAUUCUUCAGGUGACAGCGGUCGAUCUGGACACGGGGAAUAACGCGAGAGUGAGCUACCGUCUUCAGGGCUCGCCCGCCUUUCGUAUCAACCCGAACACCGGCUGGAUCUACCUUGUGCAGAGCUUAGAUCGCGAAACAAUCGAUCGGCUCACGCUGACGGUGUUCGCGUCCGAUAACGGAUCUCCCGCGGCGACCGCGAACGCCUCCGUACUGGUGAAGGUCUUGGACGACAACGACAACGAUCCACAUUUCGACAAGGACUUCUACGGUUUCAAACUUCUCGAGAAUCUACCGUCGGGUUCUCUGGUGGGUUCCGUGAGCGCCAGCGACCCUGAUAUCGGCAAGAACGCGCUCCUCAGGUACUCGGUGGUUCAGACCAACAGCAGCUUCGCCGUGGAUCCCGACACGGGCGAGAUCACGACGCGCGAGCCGCUCGAUCGCGAGGUGAGGAAGGUGCACGAGCUGGUGCUGGAGGUGCGGGAUCAAGGAGUACCGUCCAGGUCCGCUCGGGUGCCUAUGAAGGUCGCCGUGUUGGACGUCAACGACAACUCGCCCGUGAUCAUCGAUCCCCAGGGGGACAUUGUCAGCGUGAGGGAGGAGCAGCCGCCCGGGACGGAAGUGACCCGAAUCAGGGCAGUGGACGCGGAUCUCGGUGAAAACGCCUCGGUGACCUACAGCAUCCUGAAAGACCGAGACUCGGACGGCUACAACGUCUUCACCAUCGACCCGAUCACCGGUAUGAUCAGGACCAAGGCCGUGCUCGACCACGAGGAGCGCAACGUGUAUCGGGUGUCCAUAAAGGCGACCGAUGCCGGACAUCCGCCGCGACACAACGUCCGCGUGUUCCGCGUCGAAGUCUUGGCGCUCGCGGACAACCGGCCGACCUUCACCAGCAGCAGUCUUACCUUUAACGUGCGCGAGGAUGCGAGCAUCGGACACGUGGUGGGGUCAGUGGCGGGGGCGGGUCCGGCGGGUCGCGUGGCCUUCACCUUGGACUCGCUGACGCCGAUCAGCGAGUUUCCAGCUUUCGACGUAGACCGGAGCUCAGGUCAACUGGUGGUCGCGCAUUCCCUCGACCGGGAGAGCGUGAGCGAGUACUACCUGGAGAUCCGUGCGUUGGACACGAGCUCGCUCGGGAAUCCCCAAAGCAUCGCCGUUUCCGUGAAAAUCAUCAUCGAGGACGCGAACGACAAUCCGCCUAGAUGGCCGCAGGAUCCGAUAACUGUUCGCGUGUUCGAAAGAGAGAUAGUCGGCUCGACCAUCUACAACCUCACAGCCAGCGACCUGGACAGCGGGCUGAAUGGCGAGCUGAGAUACGGCCUCGUGGCUGAGUUUCCGUCGACGGGCAGGUUCGCCGUGGACUUUUUGACGGGCGCUCUGACGUUGGCCAAGUCACUCGACAGGGAAGAGAGGGCCGAGUACACUUUGAUCCUGAAGGCGACGGAUCGGGCGCCACCGGGAGAGCAAUUAGCUUCUACGGUCACUGCGAGGAUCAUCGUGCUCGAUCAGAACGACAACGAGCCCGUCUUCAUCGCUCCGGAAUCCACCAAGAUAGCCGUCGCGUCGAAUCUUCAACUCGGUACCAGCCUGGUGAGAGUCGUCGCGGUGGACAAGGACUCUGGUGACAACGGUCGAGUGUCCUACGUGAUCACCGCGGGCAACGAGGAGGCCCGGUUCUCCGUGGGCUUCGAAUCGGGCAUCGUGAGCCUCGAGAAGCCCAUCGUGCGGCCCACGGAUCUCGAGAUCACCGCGAACGAUCACGGCUCGCCACCCCGCAAAGCCGUGUUGAAGUUAACCCUGACUCCGUCGUCGAACCAGGCGAGAGGACCUCCUCGGCUACUGCUGCCCAAUCCCAUCGUCAGGAUCUCCGAACAUCUGCGGGUCGGAGGACCCGUGUUGAACGUGGCAGGACCGGCGAUCGCCCAGCAAGGGAACGUCACCUUCAGCAUACCAGCCGACGUAGCUUCGAACAAGUUCUUCAUAGCUCCUAGCGGUUUAGUCACUCUCGGAGGUUCUCUGGAUCGUGAGAAAGCCGCGCGUUACUCCGUUUCCAUCUUAGCGAGAUCGAGCAAGCUCUUGGACCUCACCACUCUGGAGGUAAUCGUGAUGGACGAGAACGACAACAGCCCGGAAUUCCGGCCGAAUUCUUGCUACACCCUCGCCGUGCCGGAAAAUCAAGAGAUUUUCGGGAUCCACACCGUAGCCGCGACCGAUCUUGACGAGGGCAAGAAUGGCGAGAUCUCUUACAGCAUCAUAGGCGGUAACAUCGGGAACAAGUUCACGCUGGACUCGUCCACCGGUGUGUUAUCGAUGUCGAGUUUGGACCGGGAGACCGUGUCCAAAUACAUCCUGACGAUUUCCGCCAAAGACAAGGGGAGGCCCAGUCUGGAAGCGCAGUGCAAUAUCACCGUGAUCGUUUUGGACGUGAACGACAACGCGCCGUCCUUCGCGCAGGAUCAAUACGUGGAGUCUCACUCGCGCGGCAACUCGCCGAGUUCAGAGUACGGUGGUUUCGCCCUGACGAAACAACCGUACAUGACCAACGGUGGCUUCCAGUACGGAUCGAACUACCCGGCGAACUACUAUCUCACCAACUACGGGACGACCAUUUCGGAGGACAUCGCGCCGGACUCGAGCGUCAUGUCCGUGAGGGCGACGGAUCCGGACCAAGGUGUAAACGGGAAGAUCACGUAUGCCAUCGCCGAGGAGACCAGUUGGCUCUUCAGGGUCGACAACCUGACCGGCGUCAUCACUACCGCCGGUUCAUUGGACCGUGAACGGCAAAGCAGCUACACCUUCUUCGUAGUCGCCAUGGAUAGCGGCAAGUAUGACGCAAAAAGCUCCUCGAUACCCGUUCAGAUUAACAUCAGCGACGUGAACGAUAACGCGCCGGUGUUCGAGGAGUAUCCCUUUCGCACGCACGUGACGCUCAGCACGCUGCCGGGUCAGAACAUCCUGCGGGUGUCUGCCACCGACGCUGACAUGGGCGCCAACGGGGAAAUCGUGUACUCGCUCUUGCACGAGGAGGAGAAGCCGAAAUUCCGAAUCCACCCGAACACGGGCAUGAUAACGGCGAGUUUGUCGCUGUCGCAGGACAACGGCAAGGUUUAUCGCCUAGAAGUGUUGGCCAGAGACAGGGGGAACCCGCCGAAGAGCGCCAAGGGUUUGAUCGAGCUGCAGAUCGGCGAUCUGUCGGACCUGGCGCCGGCUCUCAAGUUCCAGAACGAGACGUACAACGUCGUCGUUCAGGAAAACGCAGCGGUCGGAACGGAGAUCGUCCAGAUCACUGCGGUGCGAACCGACGGUAGAAGGCAGCGCGUCUCUUACUCGAUCGCGUCGGGAAACGACUUCGGUACCUUCGCAAUCAACGAAGGUAGCGGUCUGCUGCACGUGAACGAUCCCACCAGGCUGGACGCGGAACUCUGGAACGACUUAACGGUGAAGCCCGGCGACGAGCUGCCGGCUGACGCAGGGCGCACGAGUAACUCGUGGGGCAGAUCUCUGGAAGGCCAGCAGCCGAAGGAGGAGCCCAGGGAAAGCUCGAGGCAUAUUCUCAACGUGGUGGCUAGAACGGCGGGUCCGGAUGUCCUCGAGGCGUACGUUAAAGUGAUCGUCAGGGUGUCCGAUGUCAACGAUAACCCGCCGAUCUUCACGCAAACGCAGUAUUCGGCCACGGUGCUCGAGGGGAAUACCAAAGGGGACUUCGUUGUCAGGCUUUCAGCGAGCGAUGCUGAUCAAGGAAUGAACAGCAGGAUCCUGUAUCAUAUCGUGGACGGCAAUCCAGACAAUGCCUUUACUAUAAGUCCGCCAUACAGCGGAGUCGUCCGGACUAAUAUAGUCCUUGAUCGUGAGAUUCGUGAAAAAUACAGGCUGACAAUCAUCGCGACCGAUCAAGGGAAUCCUCAAUUAACCGGUACGGCUGCAUUGAGCAUACGGGUUAUUGACGUCAAUGACAAUGAGCCCACCUUCCCGGAACACAGUAUCAUCUCAGUCUCUGAAGGCACCGCCAUGGGAACCGUGCUGACCACCAUCACGGCGAACGACGUCGACAGUUCGCCGGUGUUGACGUACCGUUUCGGCAACCUGACGAGUCCCGGGCCUUUCAGUAUCGACCGCUACGGCGGCAAGGUCGUCCUUAGGAGGCGUCUGGACGCCGAGACCCGGUCCGAGUAUACUCUCCAGGUGAUCGCCAGCGACGGGAUUCACGAGGCUACGACCGACCUCACCGUGCGUGUCACCGAUCUCAACGACAACGCGCCGCGAUUCGAGCGGGCUGCCUACGUGGCUGUCCUUUCAGAGGGACGAGACGUCCUGCAGGAAAUCCUGACGGUGAACGCUACCGACGACGAUCUUUCGGAGGAGAACAGCCGGAUACGGUAUUAUCUGCUGCGACCAAUCAAGGGUUUUUCGGUACACCCCGCCACCGGAGUCUUGACGGCGAAUCGCACAGCGAUACCAAGACCGCUGCCGAAGGAAUUGGACUUGGUGAUCGUCGCGGAGGACUACGGCAAGCCUCCAGCGUCGUCGAUGUGCUCGGUGCUUGUGCGACUCAGCAGUUUCAAGAGCGCCCUUCCUGGGCGUGAGCAUAAGAUCACAGUGAAGGAGAACUCGCCGAAGGGUACGACGUUGAUGAGGCUCUCCGAGGUGGACUUACAGCACGGCGCCAUCGUUGCGGGCGAUGAUAGCGGAGUGUUCGAGAUAUCCAGGGGCAGGUUGAUUAUCUCGAAGGCGCUCGAUCGUGAAACGAAGGAUAGGUACAUGUUGCAAUUAGGCAACAAGGAUGAAAAUCUGACGACAGGCUCGCUGCUGGGAGACGAGCCGGUGAUGGUGAUGAUUAUCGUGGAGGACGUGAACGACAAUUACCCACGCUUCCUGGAAGAUCUGUAUGAAGUAUCGAUCAAGGAAGACGCUCCGCGCGGAACUACCGUUGCUAUCUUGCGCGCCAAGGACGACGAUCUGGCUGACAGCCCGGCGGCCACAUUGGUGUACGGUAUCACCUCGGGCAACGAUGGCGGCCUCUUCCGCGUCGAGAAGACUACCGGCGCUGUUUUGGUGAAUUCCACUCUCGACUGCGACCUGGAACCCGAGGUCCACAAUCUCGUGAUGAUGGCGUGCGACAGCGACCCGGUGUCGCCUCUCUGCGCGCUCGCCAGGCUGCGCGUCCACUUGGAGGACGUGAACGACAACUCGCCCAAGUUCCCCGUCUCCGAGUACCUCGGCUUCGUCGGCGAGAACGAGCCGAGCGGCACCAACGUCUUCUCCGCGCGUGCCUCAGAUCUGGAUCGAGGUAUCUUCGGCUCGUUGAACUACUCCAUCGUCUCCGCCGCCGCGACCGGCUUCUCCGACAUCGACGACAGCUGGAAGCUGUUCGCGGUCGACGAGAAGUCAGGCAGCGUCACCACCCGCGCCGUGUUCGAUUACGAGCAACGGAAUCGGUACGCCUUCACUUUGCGCGCCACGGACAUGGGUGGCCGUGCCGCGGCGGUUCGUGUCAGGGUGGAGAUCGAGUCGAGGGACGAGUUCCACCCGCAGUUCACCGAGAAGACCUACCGGUUUGUGAUAAGAAACAGCGGCCAGGUGUUGCCCGGCACGGUGAUCGGUCACGUGACGGCGACCGACCGCGACAAGGGACCCGACGGUCGGGUCGUCUACCAGCUUGCGUCUCAGCAUCCUUACUUCAAACUGAAUCGCACCACUGGUGCGUUGAUCGUGAAGCAAAAGUUGAUACACGUCGACAUGGACGUGGAAGGCUCGUCGAAGCUGAUGGUGACCGCGAGUUCGGGCAGGCAAAGAUCCUUGUCCAACAUAACGACCGUGGAGAUCACUCUGAUGGAGGACGACGAGCCGAACGGAGCCAGAGGAGCCACCGCUCUGGACAUCGGAUCGAACAUGGCAGUGGCCACCGGCGGAGGCUUGGCCGAUUGGGCCCUGGGUCUGCUGAUCGCCGUGCUCCUCCUCGUGCUCGCCUUCGGCACGAUCUUCCUCUACUUUCACAUUCGUAACCGCCGUCACAAGAAACCCGGCUCGAAGCCGGGUCUGAACGGCGAGAACAACGCCACCGCGUCCAACAGCUACGUGGACCCGAGCGCGUUCGACACGAUCCCGAUCAGGAGCGUGGCCGGGGUCGGCGCGAGCGGAAACGGCAGCUCCGCGAGCGCCGGGGGAACAGGUGGGGGCGCCUCCUGCCAGUUCGCUCCUCCGAAGUACGACGAGAUACCGCCGUACGGAACGUCCGGCCAAUCCGGGCAGCAGCAGGCCACCUCCGAGCUCUCCGGAAGCGAUCAGUCAGGCUCCUCCGGCAGGGGUUCCGCCGAAGACGACGGAGAGGACGAGGAGAUCAGGAUGAUCAACGAGGGUCAGCAGACUGGCGAUUCCGCGAGCGACCUCUCAGUUCACAAUACUCAGGAAUAUUUAGCGAGACUGGGCAUCGUGGAUCCACCGGCUGGCACACCCCGAAGACCGCCCGAAGCUCUGCCCCUGGAUAGUCUGCACCUGUUCGAGGACGAAGCCAGCACCGAGGCGGAUAUCGCGACCCUGAUCUACGGAAAGAUCGGCGAAGCCGGACGACCUACUUCCGGACUGGAGGUGCCGGGCGGACCGUCGAUGAACGGCUCGCUCAGCUCCAUCGUACACAGCGAGGAGGAGCUCACCGGCUCGUACAACUGGGACUACCUGUUGGACUGGGGACCGCAGUACCAGCCGUUGGCUCACGUAUUCAGCGAGAUCGCCAGGUUGAAGGACGACGCCGCGAGCGUGCAGAGCGGAAACUCCGGCAGCAGCGGCAAGACCAAGUCUGUACAUAAAGCACCGCCUCCGCCGUUGCUCACGUCCGUCGCGCCAAGGUCAUUGGCAGCGCCCGCACUGGCCAGGGGCAUCUUACCGAGGUCGCCGAUCAGCCACGACGCCUCUACCUUCCCCUCCGCCGCCCUGAGCCCGAGUUUCUCGCCGUCGCUCUCACCAUUAGCCACGAGAAGUCCCAGCAUCAGCCCUCUCGUGCCGCCCGCCACGCAGAGAUCCAGUCAAAGUGCCAACCGAGGAAUACCCGUUACCGACGCCGAGCUUAGGAUUUGA